AUGUGUGAAUUCAAAGAUUUCGCAUCAGAAAAAGAUAAAAAUUUCCAAAUUAUAAAUUUAUUGUAAGGCAGCAUAUGUUCACAUUCAGAUUUUGAUGAAAGAAUUUUCAGAUGUAUGAUUGGAGUUAAUUAAAAUAUGAAACAAACAGAUAAAGAUAAUAAUGUUUAUAAUAAAAGUAAUUAUAAAGCAAAUUGA